AUGGAGCACCCCACGGCGCCGCCGGCCGUCGACGUGGACAAGGGCUUGGCCAUGGCCUUCGUGGUGCUCCUGGGCCUCUUCCUGCUGGCCAUGAUGGUGCGCUGCGCCAAGCUCAUCGUGGACCCCUACAGCGCCAUCCCCACCUCCACCUGGGAAGAGGAAGCCAUUGAUAAGUGUGAGAUACUGGUGAAGGACCUCUACUCCAAACUGGGCCUCCAGUACCGCGAGAGCAGCUCGGAGGAUGAGGACUCUGCUGCCAAACCCAUGGAAGUGAUCGAGAUCCCGGACGAGGACGACGACGACGUCAUGAGCAUCGACUCGGGCUGGAAACACAGCGACAGCAGUUCCAGAAUCUCAAAGGACCAGACUCUGCUGCGGGAAGCCAUGGCUGCCAUGAGGAAGUCUGCCCAGGAUGUUCAGAGAUUUAUGGACGCCGUGAACAAGAAAACAAACGCCCAGGAUGCACAAAAAGAUGCACAGACCCCUCAGGAAAGUGCCCAGCCCGUUGGCCCUGCGGCAGCCGGGGGUGAUCUCAGCAAUGAUGGGGAUCUCAACGUUGGCAUGAGGAUCCUGGGCAAGAAGAGAACCAAAACAUGGCACAAAGGGACUCUGAUUGCAAUCCAGACUGUCGCUGCUGGUAAGAAGUACAAAGUGAAGUUUGACAACAAAGGGAAGAGUUUGCUUUCUGGCAAUCACAUCGCUUACGACUAUCACCCCUCGCCCGAGAAGCACUACGUGGGCAGCAGGGUUGUGGCCAAAUACAAAGAUGGGAAUCAGGUUUGGCUGUACGCUGGCAUCGUGGCUGAAACCCCAAACGUGAAGAAUAAAGACAGGUUCCUGAUCUUCUUUGACGAUGGCUACGCGUCCUACGUCAAGGAGUGGGAGCUGUACCCGAUCUGCCGGCCCCUUAAAAAGACCUGGGAAGACAUAGAGGACGUUUCCUGCCGGGAUUUCAUCGAGGAGUACAUCACAGCCUACCCCAACCGCCCCAUGGUGCUGCUGAAGACUGGGCAGCUGAUCAAAACGGAGUGGGAAGGGACCUGGUGGAAAUCCAGAGUGGAAGAAGUGGACGGCAGCCUGGUCAAAAUCCUCUUCCUGGAUGACAAACGCUGCGAGUGGAUUUACCGGGGUUCCACGCGCCUGGAGCCCAUGUUCAGCAUGAAAACCUCCACGGCCUCCACCCAAGAGAAGAAGCAAAGUGGACAAGCGAGGACACGUCCCAACGUCGGUGCUGUGAGGAGCAAAGGGCCUGUGGUCCAGUACACCCAGGAUUUAACGGGAGCUGGUACCCAGUACAAAGCUCUGGAGCAAAUGCAGGCGGCCUCCCUGGCCGCACGCUCCGUUUCUCCGCAGCCCCCCGAGAUGGAGCACUGGCCCCCGGCUGCCUUGUUUUCCUCCACUUGGACUGACCUGCUGGCAGACCUCGAUGGCUUACGAGGCGCUGAGAACUCGGGACCGGUGCCUGGGCUCGGUGGUCACGCACCAAACCUGAUAAACCUGAGCCACGGCCAAGUCACCCACUUGCCCCGUGCCACCAGGGGCCCAAGCAGGACCUUCUCGGAGGUGCAGGCUAGUGCUGAAGGAGGCCUGGAUGAAGGAAGGACUCGGCCUCGUGAUGAAGGGAGCACCACCAGGGUCCCUGAGCGCUCGCUCUGGAACUUGAAUAACUUGUCAGGGGAGAGAGACGCUGCCCCCGUUCAUUUUUGCCACCAGUGUGGAUUCCCCAUCCGAAUCUGUGGACGCCUGGUCCCCUGCCAGCACGUCUUCUGCUGCGACUGUGCCUUGCUCCACGGGCAGAAGGGAGAGAGGAGAUGUCCCAGCUGUAAGGAACCCGUGCAGCACGUCAAUCUCUAUUUCCCAGAUGCUGUCUAAGCGUAGCAGCAUCUAAGAAACCCCAUCUGCCCCCAGCCUUGGGUCUCAGGAGGGGGUUCCCAGUGCCCCUUCUGCCCCUGGAUGUUGGGGUCUGACUUGGAAACACUCCUCCUGCGCCGUUCUGACCAAGAUUUGGGAAUUGAAGCUGUGAUAGCCUCGUUCCUCGUCUCUUAUAUGACCAAGAAGAGAGGCUGACACUGAAGGAGUCUGCUCCAGCGAGAGAAGGGCAACAGCAGCUCCUCCACCAUCAGCCUGGGCCCCAGCCAGGAGCAGAGGGAGAGCUCUGGGGCUGCUGAGGACACCCCGAAGCCUCGAGGCUGGAGGAAGGACCUGCAACGAAGACGAUGGAGCUGGACUGGGACAAUCA